CCGCUGAACUCAGUGAGGUUUUAGACGCGCGGAAGAAACAGCUCGCCUGUUGAAGACAAAUACUCCAGAGCUUAGAGCUCUAACAAAAACACCGAGCCCGCGGGGAAGAGACGGGGUUGCAUUGGUUGCAUCAUUAAACUAAUAAGCAAACAUGUCAAACAUCUGUUCCUGGGCAGAACAUGAAACGAACCCUUUCAUGGAGUGAAAAUACUUUGAAACACUACAUCGAAACAAGAAGCACUCCCAGGACCGCACAGGAUUAUGCAUUGCUAACUUGAGAAUCGGGAUGAGUUUCUGUGGCCCCUGCUCGUUGAUCGCCGCCUGUCUUUUGUUCUGUCUCGCAGCCCGGUUCACCGAUGGUGCUGAAUGUAGUCCUGAUUGCAACCCCAUGAACGGAUUCUGUGAGAAGGCUGGUGAAUGCAGAUGUAAACCUGGCUGGCAGGGCCCGCGGUGUGAGCAGUGUGCUCCUUUCCCUGGCUGUCUCCAUGGCACCUGCAGUACACCGUGGCAGUGCAUCUGUGACCCGGGGUGGGUGGGAAGUCACUGUAACAUAGAUAUUCACCCUUGUACUACAAAGCCCUGUUCUAACAACUCUACAUGUAUAGAGACUGGCGAUGGUGGCUACAUCUGUAUCUGUGCACAGGGAUAUACAGGGAGAAAUUGCCAUGUGAAGACUGGACCCUGCUACACCAAUGGCUCUCCUUGCCAGAAUGGUGGAUCCUGCAUUGAUGCCCAUGGAUCUGCCCCACACUCUUCCUGCUUGUGCCCCUCUGGCUUUACUGGAGAUUUCUGUGAGAUAGAUGUAGACGGCUGUGAGUCCGGACAGUGUAAGAAUGGUGGCAUGUGUGUGGACCAUGGCUCUGACCACAGCUGUGUUUGUCCUGGGGGCUUUGUAGGCAAGAACUGCAAUGAAAGUGUGAUCCCCUGCCUGAGCCAUCCGUGUGAGAACGGAGCGACAUGCAAUGGACACCCGGACGGAGGCUUUCACUGCGCCUGCAAGCCGGGAUUCUUUGGAAAAACCUGCAGCUCUCAUAAAAUGAAGCCCCCCAGGCUCUCGGAUGCUGCUCACGGUCACGCCCAGCACUCCAGCCUGCCCUCGCAUGUCUUUCACAAGAUGAUGCACCACCCAGAUCGGGAGGUGCUGAAGGUCACAGUGAAGGAAGCGCUGCACAGCCCCGGCUCCCUGCUCAGUAAGAGCCAGGUGGUGUGUUUCAUCGUGCUCGGCUUGCUCACCUGCCUUGUGGUCCUGGGCACAACGGCCAUCGUUUUCUUCUCUAAAUGCGAGAUGUGGAUGGCCAACGCCAAAUACAGCCAGCUGGUGAGAAAGCAGAGGAAUCACUUCUUAAAGACCAACAACGGCGAAGAGAAUUCCGUCAACAUCAUCAUGCCUGAGAAAAUCAAACUGAACAACUACGGCAAAAAUUACACAUCCAUCUGAGCUAAGCUGCGUCGCUUCCAAUUCCUUGAGGAAGUGUGCGUCAUGACGUGUAAAAUAUCACCGUGGAGUACGAUAUUCGAGGCAGGAAUAAUUUUUGCUCUGCAGUUUCAUUUAAUAAUAGCUUUCAUUAGUUUAGUUCAGCCUCAGAAUGGAACCAUACUGUUUACACUUUUUAUGUCAAAACAAUGAAGAUAAAAUGCCAUGAUAUCAAGCAAGGUUGGAAUAAUAUUUUCUCAAACUGCAAAUAUGUUUUUAAAGAACAUCUCGUUGUAAUAAUGUGUCCUUCAUGACCAGGGAAGGAGGCGACAGAAGCAGCUUACUCUGAUCUUAUCAUUCAUGGAGACUGAUGGUUUCAUCUCCACAAGGGUCUUUCCACUCAUGUGACCUGAUCUGGAUUCAUCAGGGUCUUACAUCAGUACCAAGGCAGGUGUAUGAAGGCUCAGUCUAACGUGGAUCCGGAUUCUCUCAGUUUGCAGUGUUUGUGUAUUUUGUCAGACAAAUGUUGUGAAUAUUCAUUCACAGUGUGGUGCUUUAGUAUUUCUGUCUCUUCUUUUCAUAUACACUGUGCCAAAUGAAAGUGUAAUAUCUGAACCAAACUCUAACUGACUUGCAAAGAGAAAGCAAGCAUGCAGCAGCUUACUGCAGAACCUGUCACAGUACGAACGAUGUAUGUAUCUGUAUAGAGAUAUAGUGGAUGGGUUAUAAACCACUGAAAUAUGAUUCAUGUCUAAAGUAUGUUAGAAGUAUACAAUGGAAUCUAGUUAUCAAACGUUUCAACUUUAAACAGUACAUUAUUGGGUUUUUGUUGAUCAGUUUCUGUUUCAUUGAUGUGCAAUUCCCCUGGUCUUUUUACAAAAUAAAAAAGGUUGUACAGGA